CCAACGCCAUCGCUUUGGGGUACCGAAACAACAUCAACUCCUUUCCCACCUAGGCAUCUGCAACAACCACCAACACAUCGACUUUUAAUUUUUUUUGCACAAUUGCACUCCCAGACAUGGCGGACGAAGUCGCCGAAGUUCGAACCGAGGGACCCGAUGGAGGGGAGGAACAAGAAGAGACGGCACUGGCCACCACCAACAGCGAGGUCACCGCGCCGGCCGAGAGAAAAGUGAAGAAGAUCAUCCGCAAGAAGAAGAGGCCUGCGCGUCCCCAGGUCGACCCGUCCUUCAUCACCUCCGAGCCGCCGCCGCAGACGGGAACGAUCUUCAACAUCUGGUACAACAAAUGGUCGGGCGGCGACCGCGAGGACAAGUACCUGUCCAAGACGCACGCCAAGGGGCGCUGCAACGUCGCGAAGGACAGCGGCUAUACGAGGGCCGACAGGGUCACCGGCAGCUACUUCUGCCUCUUCUUCGCCCGUGGCAUAUGCCCCAAGGGCCAGGACUGCGAGUACCUCCACCGUUUGCCGGGUAUUCACGACAUCUUCAACCCCAACAUCGACUGCUUCGGCCGUGACAAGCACUCCGACUACAGAGACGACAUGGGCGGUGUCGGCAGCUUCAUGAGGCAGAAUCGCACCAUAUACGUCGGUAGGAUACACGUCACGGACGACAUUGAGGAGAUUGUUGCGCGUCACUUUGCAGAAUGGGGCCAGAUUGAGCGCAUUCGCGUGCUCAAUACCCGCGGAGUCGCAUUCAUCACAUAUUCCAAUGAGGCAAACGCUCAAUUCGCCAAGGAGGCCAUGGCCCAUCAGUCCCUGGACCACGAGGAGAUCCUCAACGUGCGUUGGGCGACGGCCGACCCGAACCCCAUGGCGCAGGCGCGCGAGGCGAGGCGUAUUGAGGAGCAGGCUGCCGAGGCCGUUCGGAGGGCGCUCCCCGCCGAGUUCGUUGCCGAGAUCGAGGGCAAGGACCCAGAAGCGAGGAAGAGGAGGAAGAUCGAGAGCAGCUACGGGCUCGAAGGCUACGAGGCGCCGGACGAGGUACAUUUUGCGCAGGGCGCCAACGCCGUGAACCCCGUCGGGCGGGAGGGUCACGCAGUGGAGUAUCAGGAGCGGCCCAUGCUGGAAAACGGCGACCAGCAACAGUACCAGGCCUUGCCGGCGCUGCAAGGGCAAUCGAUCGUGUCUGGAGGCAUCUUCUCCAGUAGUACCCUGGCAGCCCUGAACGCCUCCAAGGUCGCCGUGGCGUCGAAACCGAAAGCUGCCGUAUCUUCGGGGCCGUUAGUCGCAUACGGGAGCGAUGACGACGACGAUUGAGCUAGGUGUGGGGGUCUGUAUGAUAACUGGGAGGGAGAGAGAGACAAAAGCGAGCAUGAUACCCGUUAAGAAUGGAAACAUCGAGGGGGGCUGAGCAA